UGCACACCUUUAUAUACCGUUUUCUGCUACAUUAGUCCGUUUUUUUAGAUAUGUUUUAAACCUGUGAAUUUCUCCAGUACACUUUAAGUGGCCCUAGGAAAUGUUAUUUUUAGCAACAUUUUUAUUUGAACAUGCUGAACCGCCAACACUGAAUUGCGGCUUUCAAUGUCUCCUUCACUUGCAGUUUGCACCUAGAAGGCAGAGCCAGUUACUAAUUGCAUAAUUACUUGCUGCGUUAGUGAAUCGGCAUCUAAUUACACACUGUGCUGUGAGCGCAAAUUAAAUUAUUUGCGCUGUGCUUUCAUGUAUUCAAAUUCGUCUCGCAGCCUCUUAAGCUUUUCUGUUGCUGCUGUUUAUUAUUAGUCGAUUACAAAUCUAAAAAUGACUAGAUUAUUAUAAAUUGAUUUAUCGCGUGAAGUUUAAUUCAUUUUACAGUAGAAUACCAGAAUAAAAGAAAUCCCAGAGCCAGUUAAAAUGCAGUCAAGGCUCCCUUCAUAAAUACAUUUAAAAAAAUGUAACACAUUGACCUUAAUGGAUGCUUUCAAAAGAAAUGAAAGACUAUCAUUUAAGUGGCAGCACUUUUCUCACAGUUUGUCCCUGUGCUUUUUAUUCACGAAAUGUGAUUUUAAAACCCACACACAUAAAGAGCUGAUUUACCCUUUGUACGAUAAUAAGCACGUACUGUAUAGUAUACUUAUAUGCACAAAGCUAAAUGGGGACCCGCUGUCCUGGACUGUGUGUCCUUAGUUAACAAUCAGAUUAGGAAAAGAAAUAUUUCCUGUAAACUGCACCCAGGCACACAGUUAUUGUUUUCCUUUAGACAAAUACAAUAACUUUUCUGCAGUGAAGGAGGACAACGUCCAUUCUUACAGCUCAAAAUGUCCUGUCUUUUGGGAAUUAGGUGAGAGGCUGUGAACACUCCAAUGUCAAUUUUGAGCUUUGUUAACACUGAAUGUUUCUAAUUUGACAGUGUGAAACCGAGUUUGAGUCUCCGGGUUGAUUAUGAGAAACACUGGCACCAAAAAAAAAAAAAAAAAAAAAAAGCAACAAAAAAGCAAAACAAAACAGGGAGGGUUGAGAGGGUGGGGGAAGGAGGCAAGCCUCGUGCCCUUGCAGUUGAUCAUUGGUUGGAGCCACGGGGAAGGGGAGGGGCCUCGGUGCCACUGUUUCUGUAGAGAGAGAGGCAGAGGGAGUGAGAGAGACAGAGCAAAGAAGGAUAAAUGAACACGGGGGGUUCUCCCAGCAUCGGUAUGCCUGCCUACCUCAUUUCCAGUCCAGACAGAGUUGCUGCUCCUCUAGAUAGAAAUAACAGCUGAGGUGUGUUUGUAUGUGUGUGCGCGUGUUUUAAAUAUCAGUCACCCCCGCGCACCGCCUUCAUCCCUUCAGCUCAUGGCAGUCUGCUGUGAUCUUACUGCGAAGGACCAGACAGAAACUGAGACAAGAGCAAGCGGACACGGAGGAGUGGUGAAAAGAGGGUGAAGGAGAGGCAAGGAACAAGAGGAAAAAGAAGAGGAAGAAGGAGGACAGAAGGAAAAGGAGGAAUUACCCUUAAUGCCUCCUUUCCUCAAUUUAUGCACGCAGCACAUUACACAAUAAUGUCUUUUCACUGGAAGCUGUGUCUGUGACUCUGUGGACUACAGACAGAUAAGAGAGCUUCAGUCAGUGCUUUCUGCAGCUGCAGCAGAUGUUGAAGACAUCUUUGACUUUAUAGGGAGCGGAGGCAUUUCAAGCAUAGAUCGGACUGGAAUUCCUUUAAACAAAGUCACAUUUCUGUCUGUUUUUUUGUUCCCUUUUUGUGCCUUCAGCUGGGUUUGCUUUAUCUGGAAAAAAAAGAAGACAAGGAAUACACACGUCUCUUUUUGUGUGUUAAUCUGUUUCUACCCCGGUGGUUUUGUAUUCUGAAAAAACCACAACCGCCUGCACCGAGGACAAACCCAGGGGGCUUCCUCACCUUUCUCUGUCCUUUCCAUCCCUCCUGCAUUAGAAAUGGCAGAUGGCAGCAGUCUCAUCAUGGAACCGCAGCAUGGAGCUUUUCGUUUGGACUGAAACCAUACGGCUACUUUCAGAACCAGCCAGCUACCUGUCAAAAUAGCAGGUUCUUUGGUUCAUCGUACCCUUGAAGGGCCCCUCGGACACGUAUUCCUGCCCAAGAUGAUGAAUUCCUCCCUGGAUCCACUGAACCAGAGCCUAGCUGACCCGUCAAACUUAUCUGCUCCCUUCUGCCUGCUUGAGAUAGGCUAUUCCCAAAUUUUCAGCACCUGCCUCCUUGAAGUCUCUAUCAUACUUCUCCUCACUGUUCUCAUUAUUUCUGGCAACUUGGUGGUGAUUUUUGUGUUUCACUGUGCCCCCCUGCUCAGCCAGCACACCACCAGCACUUUCAUCCAGACUAUGGCGUACGCUGAUCUGCUGGUGGGGGUGAGCUGCCUGUUCCCCUCCCUGUCCCUCCUCCAUCACCUCCAGGGCCUCGAUCCCAAACUCACCUGCCAGGUGUUCGGGUACAUGGUGUCUGUUUUGAAAUCAGUUUCAAUGGUGUCAUUAGCAUGUGUGAGUGUAGACCGCUACAUCGCCAUCACACGACCUCUGACUUAUGCGUCCCUAGUGACACCCUGUCGAGUGCGCUGCUGCAUCGUUCUGAUAUGGUUGUACUCUGCUUUGGUGUUUCUCCCGUCUUUUCUUGGGUGGGGGAAACCUGGUUACCACGGGGAUGUGGUGGAGUGGUGCGCAGUUGAGUGGAGGACUCGUCCGGCUUUCACCACUUUUAUUGUUGCACUGCUCUACGCCCCUGCUGCUCUCACUGUCUGCUUCACUUACGCCAACAUCUUCAAGAUCUGUCGACAACACACCCGGGAGAUCAGCGAGCGCCACGCGCGCUACCGACCCCAACAGCUGCAGGGUUCAGGAUUGACAGCGGGAUCUGCGGUCAAGGACAGCAGUGCAGUAGAGCAAGGACAGUUGCCCCACUUGUCCCAACCACAGUAUCAGCAGCCCACAUCAACAUACCCGGACAAGCGAUACGCUAUGGUACUGUUCCGCAUUACGAGUGUGUUUUAUAUCCUGUGGUUGCCCUACAUCCUCUAUUUUCUGUUGGAGAGCGGGGGGAUCUACCACCACCCUGCAGCCUCAUUCCUAACCACGUGGCUGGCCAUCAGCAACAGCUUCUGUAACUGUCUCAUCUACAGCCUCUCCAAUUCUGCCUUCAGGAAGGGCCUCAAACGCCUCUGCUCCUUCUGCUUACAGCGCAGCGGCAGUGGCUUUGGAGUUAGGAACACCAAAAAGGCUUUCGUUGGCUCCAUUGAAAAAGGAUGUGCAGGACCGGGGUACGGAUACGGUCACGGAGAAAUAACAAUUGGCACAACGUGUCAUGUGUAGAGCAGGCACAGCAGAAACUCUUGUGCCAAAUUGGCAUUUGAACUUUUUUAAAAGAUGCCUGGUGUGCUUGCUGUAAAAUGUCUCCUCUUUAAAGCUUAAAUGUGCUGUAAAGAGAUGGAAGGAGGCGUCAAUCUGCCACUGCUGUUUCUGUCGCAUUUGGAGGUUACACAGGCGUCCUCUCUGCACACGCCACAGCGGGCAAAGACAGAGAAAGGGAGUCAAGAGCAGAGCACUGAAGGAGGCCUAAAUAGCCCUGCAAGGUGUUUUUAAAUGCUCAAGGAAACUCAGCGUACUGUACUGUAUGGACAGGGAUGAUAGAUGGAAGAGGGGAAGAAGGUGUCUGAAAAUCUCUGGAGAAGUGAACAUUUUCAUCAGUUUCCUUAUAUAGGAAGUGAAUCUUUAAUUUAUUUUGCCAAAAUAUUACAAGAAAAGUGUUCUGAAAAGCUGUAUGUGAAACAGUGCGACCUUUGUUGCCAGAUCAUCAGCACAGUAUGAGCUGAAUGCAAAAAAGAAGAAAUGAAUGCAAAACACAACAACAGUUGACUGCUGUGUUUUAGUAAUGUGGUGCCGAGGUGAACUGCCAACAGCAAGCUCUUUAAAUGUUUUCACUUGCUCUUACCCGCCCUCAGUACCUGAAUACUAAAAGUGAUGCAACUGUGUGUUUGUGCAUUUGUUGUGUCUCUUGUUGACUGAUUGAGAAGUGGAAAGAAAUAAUGUAGAUCUUGUCCCAGCACAUGACAUUUUCUAGUUUGUUUGCAUUGACUGAACUUAUUGUGAGCAUCAAGACAUUUAUUCAUAAACUCUGAACUUUUAGAUAGUUGUAUUAUUAUAUUUUAAGAUUGAUGUUAUGUCUGUAACUAAACUGUGUGUUCACACAUUGAGCCUGCCAUUUGUAAUAUAUGAGAUGAGAUGCUGCCCAGUUUGGGUGUACGACUGUUAGCCUGACAAAAAGCAUUUUUAGUGAAUUCAUCAUUUCAUUUUUAGGAUCUUUGUCAGUUUCAUGGCACCUUUGUUGUUUGAUUAUGUAACUACACUUUUUCAUAACUGUGUCAAAGGCAAAGCAAGACCAAGAAAGGAUGUAUUUUUACACUUACUUUACACUGAUUGUUGGUACAUCAUUGGGCUGAUUUAAAGGCUUUUAAUCAAAGGUUAAAACGAAAUGUACUUAGAUGAAUGACCCUUGAACUGUGAUCCUUACCGCUUGUCUUUGGGAUUUGCUGAGAAGAAUAGUCUAAUGAGAAGUCUUGGAUAUGUGAUUGUGGAAAUUUCAAAUUUACAUCAUUAUUUUGCCCAUAUUUGGGGACUAGUGCAUGCACACACAAACACACACACUCUAACACAAGAGGAUCACAUGAACAGAACAGACAAAAAGCUCAUUCAGUCUGCCUGCGGGCUGACCUCUCACCUCUGUGCAGCAUCUUGAAGACUUCCUGUUAUCCUCAGUUGUGUGUGUGUAUGUGCGCCAAUAUGUGCAUGCACAUGUUGCAUUCCGUCCUUUUGUCCCCAUGUGUAGUUUUGUGGGUUCAUUUCAUUCAAUUUUGAUUUUAAAUACAAAUUUAUCAAGACUAAUUUAAAGCCCAAAUGAAUCCAAGUGUGCAUAAUGUCUCAUAAAUUCAAAAAUUGUGAAAAACAAUCUCUUUUUUCAACAAUAGAGACUCAUGUCAUGGUUUGUUUAGGUGCAGAUAAUCUAGCUUUAUAUAUUUAAUCUACCAAAGAAAGUUCAACAGAUCUUCUUGGAUUAUGAUAUUGUUUUUCUAAAUAUCUAAAAUAGGAAGAUUUAGUAAAACGUAAGUGGGAUGUACACAAAGUUUGUGUAGGUCCACUGCACUGUGUUGGCUCAGUGAUGCCUUGUGGGCAUGAAUACGACUCUUUCUCAGUAUAUAGUGACAUAUUGUUGCCUUGAUGUGAAAAUAAACUGUUGAGAAAGUGUUUUCCAUACAGUUAGGGAGGGCUUAAUUUAUAGACAUGUGACUGUUUUUAGAAGGAAGGCACAGACUGGAAAUUGACAUGAAAAUGUACAUUAGCUAGCCUUGAUUUCAUACUCAGUACAGAAAAACCUAAACCCCUAUUGUUGUUGAGUAAUUAAAGAAUCUCACUGUUAAUUCACAAGUCAACUCAUCUGUAAAACUGAAAAUAACCAGGAGCAAACACAAGGCUCAGAACUGUUCAUUUAAUAUUGUGUAUUUUAAUUUAUUUGUUCAUGUGUGUAUAGGUGUGUAUGAGUGUGUGUAUGCAGGAAUGUUAGGAGGCGACCAUUGGCUGAGUUGGACUGUUAACGGUGUUCUAGCAGGGGUGCUAAACCGAGUUUCAUUGCUUUACUAAGCUGCACAUCACUCCCCUCGAGUAUACUGUAUCUUGUGAGUGUAUGUGAGUAUGAUGUACAGUGGUGGUAGAUAGAUUCACAUGUUGUCUUUAAAUAUUUUGGCUGUCAUCUGUGAAGCAUUGCCAAAUAUUGUAAUCUUUCCUAUUUGUACAGUCUUUUGUUCGGAAAUGGCGUGUACAGAAAUGGUGUGUACAGAAAUGGCGUAUUGAAUGUCUGAUCUGAUUGUCAAACCACAGAAGUUUAUUUUUGUAAAAUUACUUAGCUUCUGUCUAUUCUCUUGUGAAGUGUCGCGGGCGCUAAGUAGAUUUAGCAUGCUUACCUAUUGAAAUGAUUAAAGCGUUGUCUUCAUGAAGAUACAUUUUAUUUUACUUGGUCAAUUUCUGUCUUCUGUGAUUGGAAAAAAAAAGAUUUCACUGAAUUUGAAGACAGAAGUUCAGCACUAAAAAUGUGUAAAUUUUGCAGCAGUUAAUGGUACAGUUCCUCAGAAAUGUGUAAGAUUCAGGGCAAAGUGUCUUGGGAAAUUAUUGUGCCAAAACAUACUCAUUAGCACAAACACACACACACACACACACACUUUUUCUUUUUCCUGUGGGAAAACGAACGACUCUCAUGUUCUCAAGGAGCAACACUAUAGUGGUGGCUGUCUCGAGGGGCGGUGCCAUGUUAGGUAGGAUUUGAGAUAACAAGAAGCAAUAUAGACAUUGUGGCUGGUUCGGGAAGCCAUUUGUGGUUUAAAUGCAGCCCUCAAAAUAAUUGUUGAUGGGGCAGAGUAGCAAAAUUGGAAGACCAUCUUCUUGUUUUUUUAGGUAUGAAAAGAAUACAUAAAAUUGGUGCAAAUAAGGACGAUUACAACACUUCCUACCUUCCGUAGCUCCCCUGUUUCCAGAGUUCUUAUAUCUUUGUGUGUCUUUUUAAUUUAUUUUAAGCCCUUUACAAGUAAUCCAGAGCCAUUAGAGAGUGACUGCUGCUUCUUCACCUUCCUCUUCUGGCAUCUUGUGUGGUUGGCAGACAGCUUUAGGUGCAUUGCCAUUUUGAAGAGUUGGGCUACCCAGAUGUGUAUCUGUCUUGGGAACAAGCAUAGUCCUCAUGUAGCAUAUUGUAUUUGUGGAUCAAUGUAAAUAAAAUUGUAGAAACUGUGUCUUUGAUUUAAUCCAGACAUAAAACACAUGACAUUGAAAGGUGCGAUUGAAGCCUUUUUCAAAACACCCUAUGAAAUCAAUCUUGAGGCACAAAAGGUUAUCUGUACCAUAUUGUCCUGUCAGUUUGGAGAACUUUAUACUUUCAGUUAAUUUGGUAAUUAACAACAAAAGUAUUUUACACGAACUGAACGCUGGUUGGCUUUUGUGUCUUAGAGUAGACAGUACCCGAACAGGCAACAGCCUCACCCUUUAAGUGCACUUUAACACACACAUUCCCACACAACAGUAUUCUCUUAUCCGUCUCUUAAUCUGUAUUGGAUUUUCUUCUCUGUGUUUUCGUAAGGCUCUAAAUAGGCCACACCAGACCCCCAUUAAUGGCUGACUCAUGACCCAGCUGUUCUGCUCAAGAGAUUAUUAUCAGAUCAAGACGAGGGUGACCACUGUAACAAAACCUCGGUCUGGAAAUGUCCCAAAAGAUGCAGGAAUUUCACUCUGCAUGUGCUUUUGUCCACAAUGAAAGUUGGAAGUUGCUCACAGUCAACAAAGGGCCAUUUGUAAAUUUCAGAUUGAGAUAAUCCAGCCAUUACUGUAUUAGAUCCUGGCAAACCAUGUCACGUUUCGUACGUCAGGGCAGUUUAAUUUGUGAUAAUGUUUUUGGAAGGCGUAUGCUUUUACAGUUGGAGAAUGUUUGGAUAAUGCAAAUGAUCAAACAUGUUUAAUUUUGCUGUUGUGAAAGUGAGUCUCUGUGACAAAUAAGAUAUUUUUCAUUCCAUAAUGCUUUGUAGGUGACAAGCCUAUAUGGUAUUAUAAGAUGUACAUGUUGUGUAUCUGUACUGAGCAAAUAAAUGUAAUGUUAUCUCAAUGUAUUCAAACCUCCUUGUUCUCAUUACUUUGCUAUGGCACAAUUUUCAGUUUCUCUACCCUCCCACAGGUUAAGUAGUGAUCACCACUCAAGUACAUAACACAGAUGCUGCUUUAUUGUUGACAAAUAUCACAAAACAGACCCUUUUGCACAGUUACAGUCAGUGAGGUGGACAGCUUGGCUGAACACUGCUGGCUGGAAAUCAAGUAGUGUA